UUCCUAUAAAAUUCUUAGAGUUAACUUAAGUUGUACAGACGAACUCAGCAAUAAUUCAAUUCUCAGCUAAAAUGUUACGAGUUAUGAAACUUACACGCGUUCUGCGUAAUUUUGGAACUGCACGCGCUUUAAAUUCCGAGUCCAAGCCAAAGCCGAAAGAGCCCAGCGAGCGUUAUUUGAAAUUCAAGGAAAGAUUAAAGUCUGAUGCGCCGCUAGUUUGUAUACCAAAGGGUGCACCACAUCCGGCGCACGAACAGGAGCCAUUGCAGCCAUGGCCUAACAGAAUUAAUCCGCAUACAGGUGAAAGGAAUGGACCCAGUGGACCGGAGCCCACGCGCUACGGCGACUGGGAGCGCAAGGGGAGGGUAACAGACUUUUGAGCUACACACAGAGAUCUCUCAACACCAAGAGCCACAUCAGUGGCAGUUGCAGUUGGACUGUUGAUUUAUGUGGCACGUUGACAACAGAAGCACUUACAAUUUGUUAUACUUCAGCUGAAAAAUCAUUUGGAUGCGUUGAACGGUUUCUAUUUAGACCUGGAGGAGAUCACAUGCUGUUUGCGCAUUACAUAAAUUUUGAUUGUGUUGUGUGGUUUCUUUUUCAGAAUUUAUGUUGCGCCAACAAAUAAAAUAUAAAUUGAUAGCCCUUUUA